CCGGAGGAGGUCGUGGUCACCCCGGAUAUUCCGGGUGUGCCCGCCGAAUCCGGGACUCAGCGUGCGAGGAAGCGGGCACGUGGCCGUCCCCGGCUCGAUGGGAGCGGGCCUUUCAGGUCUCCGUCUCCCCUCUCGGACGGGGCGGACAUCGAGGACCGUCUCCACGGUGUGCCCAUGGAGGGUUUCCGAGCACGGAGGCUCAGAGCCAAUGUGAUUAGAGACUCGUCUGAGGAUGAAGAAGUGGCGGGGGGUCAGAUUCGCGGCCUAGGCAGCGGAUCAAGAUACCCCCGACACUGUUUACUCCCGAGCAGCGCCGAGAGCUAG